UCGCAUUCUCCGGCUGGCCAGACCGCCCUGGGCCCAGCUGCCACACCAGGCUCCUUCGCCGCAGGAGCAGCAGCCACCGCCACCAGCGCUAACAACACAGGCUUGGGUGCGGCUGACUAUGCAGGCUGGGCGGUGGCCCCCUCCACCCUCAGUGGGAUGUACGACGCCGGACUGCUACAGCCGCUGGACUCGCUGCUCGCCGUCAGCCCCGAAUUGGCGGCUGUGUGGCAAGACAUUCCAGAGGUCUUCCGCGACACGGCGUCCGUGUACGACGGCAAAAUCGUGAGCAUACCGUACACCGCGGAGGUGCCGCUGCUGUUCUGGCGCAGGGACCUCUUCUCCCAGCUUGGCCUGCUCCCUCCCGCAACCUGGGAGGAGACGCUGGCGCUAGCCCGGAGCAUAAACGGAACUCAGUUGCCCUGCAUCGACGACCCCGCCCAGCAGUGCCAGCAGGCAGGCUUCUGUUUCGUGUUGCCGCUCGGCUGCUUCUAUGACGGACUGGCGCUAACCACCGUGUGGGCCUCAAUGGUGGGCGCGUACGGCACCUCAUCUGCUGGACUGUACUUCGAUCCGGUUACCAUGGAGCCGCUUUUCCAGGGCCGAGGGAUGACAGAGGCGUUGCGGAUCUACCGGGAGUUAGCGCAGCUGGCUCCGCGGACGGAGCGGGCAUGCGACCGCCUUGAGGAGAGCUUCUACAUGAAGUCGUGCAUGCUGGGCCUGAGUGUGACAUCGCUGUUCAAGGUCUUCGGGUUCGCCUUUGACGGCAAGCUGCGAGGCCGCCUGGGUGUGUCCAUGCUCCCGGGAUCACACCUGAUCCAAAACCGCAGCACAGGUGAGCUGGAACCCUGUACGACAGCAUCAUGUCCGUACGCAGCACCAGUCAGCAGUGUCGUACACAACGGCACCGUACUCGUCAACCGAGUGCCGUAUAUCGGCCAUGGCGCCUUCUCGCUCGCCAUUAACCGCCAGGCGCCGCCCAACCACGCACUAGCUGCACUCCGUGCCUUCACUUUCGCGUUGACAUACGAGGGCGGUUGGCCUCUGGCUCUGGACCCAACCACCCGCACCGCUCCCGUGCGCACCACGCACCUCUCCUCCGCCAACAUCGCCUUCUGGACCAACCAGGGCUACGAAAUGG